UCCGCAAACCUCGCUCUGAUUUCUAGUGAGAGAAAAAUGAAAAUUAAGAAAAAAAACAGCAAUAUGUGUCUCUGACAUUUAAUGCUCUUUAAUCAGUUCACACAUACACACACACAUAUAUAUACAAGGCAAAAAUCAAUCAAUAUAUAGUUUCCCAUUUUCUAAACCAAAAACCAAGAAUGACCCAUUUUAGUAUGACUUGAAUCUUGAUCUGGGUCAGUCUCAAAAUCUCAAAUUUCCAACUUUUUUUUCUUCUUCUUUUUCAUCAUGGGUUGUAUGUCAUCAAAACAAGCAGUUUCUGUAACGCCGGCGGUUGAUCAUUCCGGAUGUUUCCGGGAUAAUGCGGUGGUUGGUUCUGGCCGGAAUGAUGUGGUGGUGGAAAUUAAAAAUAAUAAUAAGAAGAAGAAUAAAAGGAGUGAGUCAGGGGUGAGUUUGAGUGGGAAUGGGAGUGAGUUGGGUGAGUCAGGGAGAGCGAGUUCAACAAAUGGUGGUGGUAGUGAGUCAGUGAGUUUUAGGCUGGGGAAUAUGCAAAAGUAUGUUGUGGCAGAACAAGUUGCUGCUGGUUGGCCAGCUUGGUUAAGUGCUGUUGCUGGUCAAGCUAUUCAUGGUUGGGUUCCACUUAGAGCUGAAUCAUUUGAGAAGUUAGAAAAGGUUGGACAAGGUACAUACAGUAGUGUUUUCCGUGCUCGUGAGCUAGAAACUGGCAGGAUAGUUGCCCUAAAGAAGGUUCGUUUUGACAAUUUUGAACCUGAAAGCGUUCGCUUUAUGGCUAGAGAAAUAGUGAUCCUCCGUAGUCUUGACCAUCCAAAUGUUAUGAAACUCGACGGUAUCAUAACUUCCAGGUUAUCCUGCAGCAUAUAUUUAGUCUUUGAGUACAUGGAACAUGAUAUUUCCGGUCUUCUAUCUUGCCCCGAUAUCAAAUUCACUGAAUCUCAGAUUAAAUGUUUCAUGAAGCAAUUGCUAUCUGGCCUUGAGCAUUGUCAUUCCCGUGGGGUAAUGCAUCGAGACAUUAAAGGGGCGAAUCUUUUGGUAAAUAAUGAAGGAAUUAUGAAAAUUGGUGAUUUUGGGUUGGCAAAUUUUUGUAAUCCUUUGGGUGAAAAGAAACAACCGUUGACAAGCAGAGUUGUGACUUUAUGGUACCGGCCACCUGAACUUUUAUUGGGUUCAACAGAUUAUGAAGCUUCUGUGGAUUUAUGGAGCAUUGGGUGUGUAUUUGCCGAGCUUCUUCUUGGUACACCUAUUCUUCAGGGAAGAACUGAGGUGGAACAAUUGCACAAAAUCUUUAAGCUUUGUGGAUCACCACCGGAAGAUUAUUGGAAAAAGUCAAAACUUCCACAUGCUACAUUGUUUAAACCACAAAAUCGGUACGAAAGUUGUUUAUGGGAGACCUUUAAGGACAUGCCAAAAUGUGCCGUGGAACUUAUUGAAACAUUGUUAUCAGUGGAACCAUAUAAGCGUGGGACUGCCUCUUCUGCCCUUGCAUCUGAGUAUUUCAAGGCGAAGCCGUAUGCCUGUGAUCCAUCAAGUUUACCAAAAUACCCUCCAAACAAAGAGAUCGAUGCAAAACAUCGUGAAGACUCAAAAAGUAAAAAGCCGGUUGGAAGACACCGUGGACCCGAAGUCUCAAGAAGAUUAGCCAGAAAACAAAAUGGCCAGACUAAACUGGCUCCCGAAGAGAGUUUACUAGUUAAAAGUCAAAAUCAAACCCGGCGUAAAGUCAAUGGAAAUAGUUUAGAUCAAAAGAAAGAAGAGAUAAUCUUAGGUUUUGAGCUACGUAAACGGUCUUUGAACACAACGGAUGACGGUUCACACACAAAGCAUGCAUCUCAAGGAGACAUUCCAUAUUCUGGGCCGUUACAAGUACCCGGUUCAAGUGGUUUUGCAUGGGCGAGAAGGCGAUUAGAUGAUUCUUUGUCUAUAAGAUCACAGAGCCGGUCUAGUUCAAGAAGCCUGAUUUCUGAACCUUCUGGCACUUUACAGUUGAGAAACUAUGAAUCCAAGUGUAAUGAAAAUGUUGACCGUAGUGAUUCAAGAGGUCGUGAGUCAUAUGGGAAGGGAUCAAACGGACUUGUUAUUAAGAAUUGGCUCCAGUUAGAUCGACCCGAUUCAUAUGAUGCAGGGUCUGAUGGAUUUGUCAAAAAAAUCAAUAUGAUGUAUCAAGAUCAAGAAGAGAAGGUCGAGUUUUCAGGACCCUUGUUAUCUCAACCAAACCGAAUUGAUGAACUGUUAGAGAGACAUGAGCGCCAGAUACGCCAAGCAGUUAGAAGAUCAUGGUUCCAAAGAGGAAAAAAAGUCAGCUAGAGUAUCAGAUAUGUUACAUGACACGAUAACUCAAGAAAAAGGACUAGUUGAAGUUGCAAAUGACACGAAAACCUGAAUCCUUAGAGGAUGCCUAAGGAACCAAAAACGCUACCUGUUUGUGGGCAAGUAAACUUUAUGGGUUGUUUAGCAUGGCUAAAUGGAGUUCAUGAAUGCAAGUAAUCAAGAGAGUAUGUGGCUAAACGGGUCCGACCCUUGGUGGCCAUGAAAUAAUUUUUUUGAGUUAUGUUUUAUUUUAAUUUUUUGCUGGCAUUUAAUGUAGCUUCACAUCACAUCUAUACCAAUAUAUCCCUAGUCCCCUACCAAUCUUUUGCUCAACAUAAUACAGUAUGUAUAGGUUAUAUAUAUUUAAUUUAACUUAUGGUUGAAAAAAGGUAUUGUGUAACAAGGGGUGAAAAAGGAAUCCAUCAACCAUGGAAUUGAACCAAAUGACAUCAAAAUAGAUGGUUUGAGAGUUAUGAUAUUUCAGUUUUUGGUC